ACAUUACCACGUCAUAAGUCAAAUGCCUCUGAACCAGUGGCGUUCGCACCUCGCCGAUCGAAUUCGAUGAAUUUAGAUCCGUUGAUUGAGAACACACCAUGGCCCAACCAAGGUUCACCAAAUCGCGAUUUUCAAUCACCAUUCGUUGCCCCGAAGAAGCGUAUCUGUAAAGAAGAAGCGUUCAAGUGA